GCCUCUCCCCGCCCCCGGCCCCGCCCUCCCGAAGUUUCUUGGGCCCCGGGCGGCCCGCGGGACAGAGCGCCGGCAGCCGCCGCCCGGCGGGGCGUGAAGAGGACUGGCAGAGCCCUCGGGGCGCCGGGAAUGAGCGGCUGAACUGCCGAGCUGGGCGAACUCUCCAUGGAGGAGGAGGGCACGAAGGAGGGGGGCGAGAAGCCUCGGGGUGCACGGACUGCGGACAAGGCUGGUUGGAUCAAGAAGAGUAGCGGAGGCCUGCUGGGGCUCUGGAAAGACCGCUACCUGCUUCUUUGCCAGGCCCAGCUGCUGGUCUAUGAGAACGAGGACGAACAGAAGUGUGUGGAGACUGUGGAGCUGGGCAGCUAUGAGAAAUGCCAGGACCUCCGCGCCCUCCUCAAGCGGAAGCACCGCUUCAUCCUGCUACGAUCGCCAGGGAACAAGGUCAGUGACAUCAAAUUUCAGGCCCCCAGUGGGGAGGAGAAGGAAUCCUGGAUCAAAGCCCUCAACGAAGGGAUCAACCGGGGCAAGAACAAGGCUUUUGAUGAGGUGAAAGUAGACAAGAGCUGUGCCCUGGAACAUGUGACGCGUGACCGGGUGCGAGGAGGCCAGAGGCGCCGGCCACCGACCAGAGUCCACCUAAAGGAGGUGGCCAGCGCAGCUUCUGAUGGGCUUUUGCGCCUGGACCUUGAUGUUCCGGACAGCAGGCCUCCAGGAUUUGCCCCAAGCAAUGAUGUCAGCACGACCCAGCCCCGGGAGAAACCCCGGCCCCCCAUGCCUCCCACCAAGCCUUCCCCAGCACCUGAGACCAGCAGCCUUGGGGAUGCAAUGGAGACUUCUGCAUCAGAGAGAGCCCCCACCCCCAAUUUAGCCAGCACGGAGUCCAAGCCUGAGAGCCAGCAGGACCCAGAGACCCCAAAAUCUGAGGAUGAAGGCCCCAAGCAGCUGCCCAGCAGCAUUUUGCCGGACAAACUGACUGUGAGCUGGGAGAACCCUAGCCCCGAGCAGCCCUCCGCCCCAGAGAGUGCACAGACAGCCCAGGCGCCCUGCUCUGAGACAUCUGAGACCCUUCCCAAGGAGCGUGGGGAACCCCCUGCACCCCCACCUAAGAACCUUUCGGAGAAACUGAAAGCCUGCAUGAGUAGGUCCCCAGCUUCUGGGCCAGUUCACAGUCCUGGGACUCCUGCCCUGGGCCCAGAGGGGAUCUCUGUGAAUGGUGUGGAUGAUGGUGCUGACCCCACCAGCCCCUCCGAGGCCCUGGGCACUGCCGGAACUCUCCAAAAGGGUACAGUGGUAUCCACGGCACCGCACCCCUGGGACCUACCACCUCAGUCCCAUCCGCGCUGUUCAUCUCUCGGCGACCUGCUCGGGGAUGGCCUGCAGCGUCCAAAGCAACCCAGGGAGCGGCUGUACCGGGCCCAGCUGGAGGUGAAGGUGGCCUCAGAAGAGACGGAGAAACUGCUGAACAAAGUGCUGAGCAGCGAGCCGGCGCCCCCGAAUGCUGAGGCCUUGCUCAGCCAGGCUGUGGAGCAGCUGAGGCAGGCCACCCAGGUCCUGCAAGAGAUGCGAGAUUUGGGGGCACUGGGCCAGGAGGCCCCAGCAGCAGGACUGAGAGAAAAACGGAAGGAGCUGGUGACCCUCUACAGGAGAAGUGCACCCUAGGGCCUGCCGACUGCCCUGUUCCAUGCAUCCGGACCCAGCCCUGCUGGGAAUGGGCUUUUGCUUAGGCUGCCAAGGUGCCCUCAGGCCUGGUGGGAGAGACUCCUGGUGUUCUUACUGUCCUGGCCGCUGGUGCCAGGCACCACCUGGGGUGGGGGCCUCAUUCUGGCCAUCCAGCCUUUGGGCUCUGUGUUGCUGCCCUGUCCUAGGCCUUGGGCACAGUGUUAGGGGUUCCUGGGUGUCAUGUCAUCUCCUUGCCUCAGCCCCAGUAGUUGAUGUUCCUUGAAACCAGCCCUGUUCUGAGAAGCCACUGCGGCCUUGGGGCUUUGUGGGUUCAUCCUUCUCCGAGCCUGUGGUCUUCUCUGCAAAGCAAGGGUUCUCCCUACAGUCUCUCACAACCGGAAGCAUCCCUUAGUCUCAUUCGUGCCUCAGGCCCAACUUGUACCAGCCUUGCACAUUCCUGCAAAUGAGCCCUAGCAUGGCCCAACCUCAGUAAAACCGGUAGGUGGCCGUGAGGAGUCAGCCCUCAGGUGGAUUUGUCUGAUUCCCCAUAGCACCUCCUCAGCCCAAACAGGUCCAGAAUCCCAGUUGUUUUUUCACAUAAUGAUGUGAGCACAUUGGAGUAGGAAACCACAU